AUGUCGUCGCCGGCACACUCCUCCUCCAGCUCCUCCGUCUCCUCUGAGCCCCUUCCCGACGCUCCUCAGCCUGCUCCGGCCGCCGUCGUGCAGCAGGUGAACAUCCGCUUGCAUGUUCCCGUCCUCCUCGACCUCUCCUCUGCGAACUAUGGGCAGUGGUGCGUUCUCUUCGAGUCCGUCCUCGGCAAGUUCGGGCUCGAUGACUUCGUCCGUUCCGCGCCGCCCAUCGCCCAACGCACCGCCGAGUGGCAACAGAUCGACCACACCGUCGUCAACUGGAUCUACACCACCAUCAACAAGACUGUCUUCGACAUCAUCUACAGGCCGCGCGUCUCCGCGUUCACCCUCUGGGGCGACGUCGAGGGUCUCUUCCUCGACAACGAGCUGCACCGUGCCGUCUACCUCGAGGCCGAACUGCGCUCCAUCGUGCAAGGCGACGCCACCAUUGACAAGUACUGCUCCACCCUCAAGCGCCUCGCCCACAAGCUCCGUGACAUUGGGCAGCCCGUCUCGGAGCCGAGCCAAGUGCUCAACCUUCUCCGCGGGUUGAAUCCCAAGUAUCGCCACGUCAAGCCGGUGAUCACCUCCAAGCGCCCGCCUCACACCUUCCAGAGCGCACGCUCCUUCUUGGCCCUCGAGGAACUCCAGAUGCAGCACGAUGACAAGAUGGAGGCCGGUCAGGCGUUGCUCGCCUCCCACGACCGCCAGACUCUGACCGUGCCUCCUGCGCCAUCCAGUGGCUCCGCUUCGGGCUCCCGCUCGAGACCGAAGUCCAAGGGCAAGUCCAAGCAGAAGUCCUCCGGCGGCGGCUCCUCCGGCACGUCCUAG